AUGAAUGAUAGUGAUGAAGAAACUAUGAAGAAAACCAGUGUAGUGAACCUUGAUAAGCUUUUAUAUGACUUCUCAGAGAUAGAAAAGAAAAUAUCAGAAAUAAAUGAUGCAAAUAACCUACUGAUUCAUCAGCUGGAAAAAUGUAACAGAUUGCUAACAUUAAGCCAAUCAAAGGAGGAAUCAGUAAAAGAGGAAUGCAGUGCUCUACAGAAUGUGAUAAAGGGUCUAACACAAACCAUUGAAAACCAGUGUAACGUGAAAGAUGAAAAUGAUAGACUGAAGGGAACCAUUCACAUCUUGGAAGAUAAAUUAAAGACUUGUGAAGAGGAGUAUAAAGAUCAAAUUGAGAAACUCAUGACAGAAAUUAAAAACAAAGAGGAAGACCACAAAUUAGAAAUAACACAGUUGAAUUGUGAUACAAGGAAAAAAUUUGAAGUAAAAGAAAUGGAGUAUAGAGAAGAGAGAGAGAAAAAAGAACUGGAAAUAUUAGAGCUAACUAGACAGCUGAAAAUUCAAAAUGAAGAGAAGCAGAAUGAAAUAAUUAAACUGCAGAUAGAGUUCAAUGCUAAAUUGGCAAGAGCUCAGGAUAAAACCACCAAGUCUUUUUCAGAGGCUUCAGUCUUACCACAAAGUAUCUAUCGAAGGAAGCUGCAGCAUCUCCAGGAAGAGAAAAACAAGGAAAUUGAAAUUCUCCGAAACACGAUAAGAGACUUGGAGCAACGUCUUAAUAAAGGCCAAGACCUGCCCUUCAAACGGAGGAGAUUCUGAGUAAAUGACUUGAAGUAUUUCAGUGUUUCAAAUUCUGCAUCUCAAAAUAAAAACAAGAUAUGAAGAAAGUAUGUUUUAUUGAAAACACUCUUGUCAAACAUUCCAAAGGCGUGCAUUCUGUGUACAUUCAAAGCUACUCUCUUGCUAAUCAGCAGUCACAAUAAAAAGAUUCAGGUUUGUAGGAGUAGUAAUUUCCCUAUUAAACCAUCAUUAAUUAUGGUGUAUGCUUUCAUAGCAGUUUUCUUUUCAUGAAUAUUCUCUUCUUCAUCCAGGAAUCCUUCAAACAACUGGAUUUACUUCCAUCCAGUUAAUCAAACAUUAGGAAUGCUAGGCUAUAGAGAAAGAAGUUAUACAAGUUUAAGUGGUAUAUUAUGUUAAUUGAUGCAGAUUGCUAAUUGAUACAGACUUACCCAAUUCAGCACUGUUAUAAACAAAGAUCAACAUUACACCAAGAUUAAACUUGUUUCAUCCCACCCUCUUUUUGAUUCUGACUCUUGGUUGUUGACACUACUUCUCAUUUCAGGAUGAUCUAAUUGAUUUAGUAGGAUUUUACGUGCUGUAGCAGUAUGUAUUAAUGGACCCUCUUACUGUACCUAAGAGCCACAAAGCUCUUAGCUUUGUUAAGAAAGCUUUGUCAAAGUUAAGUAUAUCUAUCUGUUACUUAAAAAUAAAGCAGUUACUGUCUGUAUAUUGCAUUUUUUAUGUGGAAUUAUUCUGUCACAUUGCUUAGGAGUAAGUUGUGCUUGUACAUGAUUUGUAUCCCCAGGUUAGAAAAAAAAAACAACAACUCAACUUUCACAUCUAU